GAUGACGCGCCGCGCCCAGUGCGUGGGGAUUCCCGCGGCUGUGGCCACUACCCGGCCUGCCCCGCGGCAAGAUGGCGGUCUGAAGGCAGUGGGCAGCGGCAAAAACUUAGAUCAGCCUUUCCACGGUUCUUAUAGCAGCAUCUGCCCCAAUUUCAGCUGAAGACUCAGGGGCCCCAGGGACUGGAAGAAAUCACAGUGCCUACUUGGAAAGAAGAGGUAGCGACUUGCCCCAGCUCAACCCCAGAGCGGGAGCUAUCGGCUGGAGGAAGUGGAGGGGCUGUGGGAUGCGGAGAGCCACUGGCUGACUCUGGGACAGUGGAACAGACAGAGCUGCGGACAGGCUGACGCAGGUUGAGAAGCCCUCACCUCCCAGAAUGACCAGUGCGGCUCCUGCUAAGAAACCCUACCGCAAGGCACCACCUGAGCACCGGGAGCUGCGGUUGGAGGUUCCUGGCUCCCGACUGGAGCAGGAGGAGCCCCUGACUGACGCAGAGAGGAUGAAGCUUUUGCAGCAGGAGAAUGAGGAACUUCGCCGACGCCUGGCCUCGGCCACCAGGCGCACUGAGGCCCUGGAGCGUGAGUUGGAAAUUGGACAGGACUGUCUGGAGCUGGAGCUGGGCCAGAGCCGCGAGGAGCUGGACAAGUUUAAGGACAAGUUCCGCAGGCUGCAGAACAGCUACACGGCUUCCCAGAGGACCAACCAGGAGCUGGAGGACAAGCUGCACACGCUGAUCAAGAAGGCUGAGAUGGAUAGGAAGACGCUGGACUGGGAGAUCGUGGAGCUGACCAACAAGCUGCUGGACGCCAAGAACACCAUCAACAAGCUGGAGGAGCUCAAUGAGCGGUACCGGCUGGAUUGCAACCUCGCUGUGCAGCUCCUCAAGUGCAACAAGUCCCACUUCCGUAACCACAAGUUCGCUGAUCUGCCCUGUGAGCUACAGGACAUGGUUCGGAAGCAUCUGCGCAGUGGUCAGGAGGCUGCCAGCCUGGGCACUGCCCCCAGCCCGGCCCCGGGGGCUGUGGUUCCCACCUCGGUCAUUGCUCGAGUGUUGGAGAAGCCAGAGUCUCUUCUGCUCAAUUCAGCCCAGUCAGGCAGUGCUGGUUGCCCUCUGGCUGAGGACGUCUUUGUGCAUGUGGAUAUGAGUGGGGGUGACCUGGCCGGUCCUCCAGCCCCUGGCAGCCCAACCCCCCAACCCAAUGGGGAGUGCCGCUCUCUGGGCACUGCUGGGGGCUCCCCAGAGGAGGAGCCGCCCCUGCCAGCCUUUGAGAAGCUGAGCCCCUACCCAACCCCGUCUCCGCCGCACCCUCUGUAUUCUGGCCGCAAGGUGAUAGAGUUCUCUGAGGAUAAGGUGCGGAUACCCCGCAACAGCCCCCUGCCCAACUGCACGUAUGCCACCCGCCAGGCCAUCCCCAUGCCCAGCAGCCCUGCCUCAGCCCAGGCCUCACCCCAGCACCAGCCCAGCCCUGCCCCCCCGACACCCAGCGCCCCGGCCAGCUCUGCCAGCUCUGAGGAGGACCUGCUGGCCAGCUGGCAGCGGGCGUUUGUGGACCGCACUCCGCCCCCGGCUGCUGUGGCCCAGCGCACAGCCUUCGGACGUGAUGCGCUCCCUGAGCUGCAGCGCCACUUUGCUCUAGGCCCCGCUGACGGAGAUGAGGAGGUUCAGGCACCUUCUUCCCUACCUGGUGAAAGCGGGCUUUUACUGCCAACAGAAGCUGACCCUGGCUUUCCCAGGGAGGAGGAAGAGGAAGAGCUGAACCUGCCCGUCAGCCCCGAGGAAGAGCGCCAGAGCCUGCUGUCCGGUGACUGUGACACAGAAGAGGGGCCUGGCACUCCCCGCUCUGAGGGCAGGGCCUGGGCACUCCCCAGCUCCAGCCGCCCCCAGCGCAGCCCCAAGAGGAUGGGGGUGCACCACCUGCACCGCAAAGACAGCCUGACCCAGGCCCAGGAGCAGGGCAACCUGCUCAACUAGGGCCCUCUGCUUGGCUUUCUGCCACUGCUGCACUGGGGCUGCAGGGCGCCCCGACCUUUGCAGCUCAGGGUCCCCGCCCAGCCUCAGCCCUUGAACUCUGCUCCCUGUGCGAAUAGGGUCAGGCCACAGCAGGCCUUUCAGCUGCAGUGACUGUAACUGAUACCAGCUUGCCUCAUGGUUUUUCCUUUCUGGAAUAUUUAUUCUUCAAAGGUAACUUGCAGCUGGGCUCAUGACCUUUCUUCCCGUCAGCCCAAGUUGGUCUGUUCGGGGGAGCUGAGGGGUUUAUUACAUCAGUGUUUAUCCUCCAUCCUUUUUUCAUAUCCACCAGUUUUUUUCCCCCCCGGGGCGUGAGGCGUGGGUCAUUGGGAUUACUAACCUCUAAUUUCUAUUUUCACCUGUUUCCCUCUCCCCCCAAGUCCUCUGCACGAGCUGUUGCCUUCAAGGGACCUAGCACAGCAGGCCCUCAGGGGAUGAGGGAGAGGACUGACUCAGGGCUCUCCUCAGCUGUUUCCUUCCUCCCUCUGGAAGGGAGUGGAGGAUGGGAUUCAGGGGCCUCAAGCUGAGCUCUAGGAAGCCUGGCCCUGCUCCCAACCUUGGCUCUAGACUGUUACUCCCAGCUUUGGGAAAUUUUCACAUCAAUAACUAUUUUAAAAUUAAAUUAAACUAUUUUACUGGUAUGGCCUAA